GCGCGGCGCGGGGGCCGCCGGGAACCCGGAAGGCCGCUGGAUGGCUCGCGGGGUGGUAGGCCCGGCCUGCGUGCGAGGUAAGACCUACUCCCGCCGCCCUGGAUGGCCACUCGGGCGGGGGCCGGUGCUGCGGUGGCCGGCGCGGCGGUUGUCGCUCUGCUCUCGGCCACGCUCGCGUUCUACUGGCCGCUACUGAACACAGUUUUAGAAAGAGCAUUUUCCAGACAUAAGUCACAUUUGGUAAAGGAUAUGGAACACCCUUUUCACUUGGUGAGAAAUAUCAUACCUCCUCUGUCUGCCAAAAAGCACAAAGGGCAAGAUGGAAGAAUAGGCAUAGUUGGAGGCUGUCAAGAGUAUACUGGAGCACCAUAUUUUGCUGCAAUCUCAGCUCUCAAAGUGGGUGCAGAUUUAUCCCACGUGUUCUGUGCCAGGGAGGCCGCACCUGUGAUCAAGGCCUACAGCCCGGAGCUGAUCGUGCACCCGGUUCUUGACAACCCUGAUGCUGUUCGUGAGGUGGAAAAGUGGCUGCCCCGGCUGCACGCCCUUGUUGUGGGCCCUGGCUUGGGUAGAGAGGACGCUCUUCUGGAAAACGUCAAGGGCAUCCUGGAAGCGUCUAGGGCCAGGGGCAUCCCUGUCAUCGUGGACGCAGAUGGUCUGUGGCUAGUGGCCCAGCAGCCGGCCCUUGUCCAAGGCUACCAGAAGGCCGUGCUCACUCCCAACCACGUGGAGUUCGGCAGGCUGUAUGACGCCGUGCUGGGGGGUCCUGUGGACAGUGCUGACAACCACAGCCCUGUACUGAGGCUGAGCCAAGCCCUAGGGAAUGUGACUGUGGUCCAGAAAGGAGAGCAAGACGUGAUCUCUGAUGGUCAGCAGGUGCUCGUGUGCAGCCAGGAAGGCAGCGGCCGCAGGUGUGGAGGGCAAGGAGACCUCCUGUCAGGCUCCCUGGGCGUCCUGGUGCACUGGGCCCUCCUUGCUGGGCCUGAGAAGACAAAUGGGUCCAGCCCUCUCCUGGUGGCCGCCUUUGGUGCCUGCACACUCACAAGGCAGUGCAACCACCAAGCCUUCCAGAAGCACGGCCGCAGCACCACAACCACCGACAUGGUGGCCGAGCUGGGGGCCGCGUUCAGCAGCCUCUUUGAAGCCUGAGCAUGCAGACAGGAUGACGAGAGGCACCAGCUCAGGGACGGUGCCAUCUACGGUGAAACUUCUGGCCCACCGGGGGCUUUGGGGUUUCCUUAAUUGUAACACAAAUGGGCGGAUUUAGAGAAUUUAAGAAUUCAGAAAAUUCCAAGUUUGGGCCACCUGAUUCAUAGUUGGAGAUGUUAUGAUGACACUAAUCAGAGUUCCUAAAGGUUCUUCUCAGUAGUGACUGAGAAGACAGGUCACAUGGGAAUAGACCCUGAGCUGACUCUGAGAUCAGCAGGCCGCUGUGGUCUCCACCGGGCACGUCCUGUUCCUUUGCCCUCCCUCGCAGGAUCCCACCCGUUAUCCUUAGGGGUCUGGCUGGGUCCAGAGAAGGAGCUGGCAUUCAGUCUGCAGCUCAUGUGCGUUUAUUAAGUGGUGAUCUGGGCGGCGCCUAUGGCUCAGCCAGUGGGGCGCCGGCCCCAUAUACCGAGGGUGGCGGGUUCAAACCCGGCCCCGGCCAAACUGCAACCAAAAAAUAGCCGGGCGUUGUGGCGGGCGCCUGUAGUCCCAGCUACUCGGGAGGCUGAGGCAAGAGAAUCGCUUAAGCCCAGGAGUUGGAGGUUGCUGUGAGCUGUGUGAGGCCACGGCACUCUACCGAGGGCCAUAAAGUGAGACUCUGUCUCUACAAAAAAAAAAAAAAAAAACUAUUAAGUGAUGAUCAGGUUGGAUACAUGUUUUUAAAUGGUUGUUUGGUUAAUUUGUUGAAAUGUUUCAGGAUAAUCAGUGGUAAAUCUACCUGGGAGAUCCUUCUGUAGGCACCAAGGGACCGGAGAAGGAAACAUGACCCUGGAGGGGCUGGGCAGGGAGCAGAGACCCCCCUCUGUCUGUGUUCUAUGCACCAAGGUCCUGUGACACUGGCAGGCCCCAGCAGGACAGACCUGACACACGGGCUGUGCUGUCUUGGGGUUUGCUGGGUCUGGUGGGGCAGAGAUACCAGGGAAGCUGGCGACCGUGUCUGUAGCACGGCUGUGUCCUCGUGGAUGUUUGCAGCGCAUUAGAGAAAAUGCCCAAAUUUCUGUGAACGUCCUACUGCAUUGUUAGCCCCAGGUGAGCUUCCCGUGUGUGCGUGAGUGGUUUCCUUAGAGCUCCUGGCUGCUGCUCCCUGGCCCUGGCUCAGGGCAUGCACAGCGUGCCAGUUCCCCUCAGUUCUUUUGCCAUGAUGCUUUUGGGUGAUGCUCUGUGAUUUCAUUCAGGACUGCUUACAGAUGGAUUCUACUUCCUUUAAAAUUAGCCAACUUCCAGGAUUUUAAAAAAAUGAUCGCUACCACUCAUUUCACAGCUGACUCUAGAAGCUUCACUGUCUACAUGUGAACUCCUGCAGAUUUUUCCUUUGGGGAAUUGCAUACAAAUUCUGUAACUAUUAAAAGACAGAUCUGGUUUAUUGAA